CAACAACAACCUAGACUACAUGAGAUGAAAUCCAUCCUUAAAUAUGAGUGUCACUUUUAUGUUUUAAAAGCAAAGCACUUAUUUAAAAUUCUUGUUCUUCCUCUUGGGACAGCAAGGCCCAUUAUUCUUUUUUAUUUCUUUAAGUUUGCUUCUUCUGACAAGGUAUGUAUGUAUGUAUAGUAUUCAAUAAGUUAAGCAUUAGGAUCUUAAACAUGGUAACAACAUAUAACUAGAAAAAGUGUACCAAUAGCUAGCCAAUAGGAUUAUCAUCAUACACCUUUGUCUUUACAUUUUUAUUUAUUGGUUAUAAAGCUAAACGUGGUGACUGGUGAGCAUAAAGCAUAUUACCUCUUCUUACCUUUGAAGAUGGCAUUUAAGAAUUUGAAACACUACACUUCAUUCUGAUCCAAUAUCAUAGUGAAAAAUUGAAGAAUUAGAACAAAAACAAAACAGGUUGAAUAGAGAGGUAUAAAUAGGAUGAGCGAUUUAAGCAGCGAAAGAUCAAAGACAUGGAACGUAUACACGGCUUCAAAUCCAGGGCCAUCACAUUCACAGACAGGAAGAGGAGGGGUUGAUGAGGAAGGUCCAUGGAAAAGCUUUGGGACAUCUAUGAGUGCAAUAUCUUUUGGUUUUGUUGCCACAGCCAUUUUGAUUUCAAUGUUUCUAAUAAUGGCCAUAUUUGAACAUUUAUUUAAACCCACACAACAGUUUUCUGCUUCCACACCAGAAUCUAUGCUGCCAAGUUAUCAGGAACAGCACUCACUACCAACCACAAAACAAGGAAAUGCACAAUCAGUUCAAUCACCGUCUUAUGCAUGUGAUUUGUCGGUGUUGAUGCCGGGGCACCAAUAUCCUACCUACCUUGCCCAACCUGCUCCUCUGCCUUGUCGAAGGGAAGAAGCUCAUUGGCCUUCUCAUCAACAACAUCAUUUAGUAUUUAAUUAGCUCUAAUUUUUCUAACCUGCAAAAUAUUAUUAAUGGAUUUUAUCUGUAUGCAUUACAGACACUAAGAGAUUAUUAUAUAUCUAUAGUGUGAGGCCUGUUGUUUCCAAUUUGACUGUCCUCCAAUAUGUCAGGGGAUAAAUGAUGGAUGCUCUUCAAAUUUGUGAAACCGCAACUCAAUUUUCUCACCAACUUCUACAAACAUCCUUCAUUUUAUCGUCAAUACUUCUCGUACCAGAGAUUGUGUUUUC